GAAAAGGAGCGAGGAGAGGAGGAGAAAGAGGAGGAGGAGAAAGGCGAAGAAAAAGAGACGGAGCCUGAGAGAAGGAGAAAGAGCGAGAGAGGAAGAAAGAGAGGCAGAAAGGGCGUGUUUCUGGCGCUGCGUUUCCCCUCCCCUUUCUCAGGUCCCUCGCUCGGGCUCUGCGCGCUCUCCGCUGCAGCUCUCUCCAGGCGAAGCUGGGAAUUGGGUGGGAUUAUACGGAGCAGCCCCGCCGCCGCCGCUAGCCGAGCCGGGCUUGGAGAGGGCGGGGGCUCCCCUCCGUCAGCGGCGCCGGGCGCCCCCAGCCUCGUCGCGCUCUCCGCCUCGCUCUCCCCGGCGUCGGGCCGGGAGAAGCCGGCAGCAUCGGGAGCCUCUCGCCAAGGGCGCCGCGGUCCGCGCCCCGCGCCCGCACCCCCCGGCCCGGCCCCGGCGGGGCACCCCCUCCCCUUCCCCCUACGGCGCGCGGGGGCCCAGCCCGCUUCCGCCCUCCCCGGGCCGCGAGACCGACCCCGGCCGCCCGGCCGCCCGUAGCUUCAGCCAUGGGCUCGGGGCGCGUGCCCGGGCUCUGCCUGCUAGUCCUGCUGGUCCACGCCCGCGCCGCCCAGCACAGCAAAGCCGUGCAAGAUGUGGACGAGUGUGUGGAGGGGACUGACAACUGCCACAUCGAUGCGAUCUGCCAGAACACCCCGCGGUCGUACAAGUGCAUCUGCAAGUCUGGCUACACAGGGGAUGGUAAACACUGCAAAGAUGUGGAUGAGUGUGAACGGGAGGAUAAUGCAGGUUGUGUGCACGAUUGUGUCAACAUCCCUGGCAAUUACCGAUGCACCUGCUAUGAUGGAUUCCACCUGGCACAUGACGGACACAACUGUCUGGAUGUGGACGAGUGUGCUGAGGGCAACGGUGGCUGUCAGCAGAGCUGUGUCAACAUGAUGGGCAGUUAUGAGUGCCACUGCCGGGAGGGCUUCUUCCUCAGCGACAACCAGCACACCUGCAUCCAGCGGCCGGAAGAAGGAAUGAAUUGCAUGAACAAGAACCAUGGCUGUGCUCACAUUUGCCGGGAGACACCCAAAGGGGGUAUUGCCUGCGAAUGCCGCCCUGGCUUCGAGCUCACCAAGAACCAACGGGACUGUAAAUUGACGUGCAACUAUGGUAAUGGUGGCUGCCAGCACACGUGCGAUGACACAGAGCAGGGUCCCCGGUGCGGCUGCCAUGUCAAGUUUGUGCUCCAUACCGACGGGAAGACGUGCAUCGGGGAAAGGCGGCUAGAGCAGCACAUCCCCCCUCAGGCCGUUUCUAAUGAGACCUGUGCUGUCAACAACGGGGGCUGCGACAGUAAGUGCCACGAUGCAGCGACGGGCGUCCACUGCAGCUGCCCUGUGGGCUUCAUGCUGCAGCCGGACAGGAAGACCUGCAAAGACAUAGAUGAGUGCCGCUUGAACAAUGGGGGCUGUGACCACAUUUGCCGCAACACAGUGGGCAGCUUCGAAUGCAGCUGCAAGAAGGGCUAUAAGCUUCUCAUCAAUGAGAGGAACUGCCAGGAUAUAGACGAGUGUUCCUUUGAUCGAACCUGUGACCACAUAUGUGUCAACACGCCGGGGAGCUUCCAGUGCCUCUGCCAUCACGGCUACCUGCUGUAUGGUGUCACCCACUGUGGGGAUGUGGAUGAGUGCAGUAUCAACCGGGGAGGUUGCCGCUCUGGCUGCAUCAACACUCCUGGCAGCUACCAGUGUACCUGCCCAGCAGGCCAGGGCCGGCUGCACUGGAACGGGAAGGAUUGCACAGAGCCAGUAAAGUGUCAUAGUAGUCCUGGUGCCUCGAAAGCCAUGAUCAGCUGCAGUCGGUCUGGGAAGAAGGACACCUGUGCCCUGACCUGCCCCUCUCGGGCCCGGUUUUUGCCAGAGUCUGAGAAUGGCUUCACCGUGAGCUGUGGCGUCCCCAGCCCCAGGGCUGCUCCAGCCCGAGCUGGCCACACUGGGAACAGCACAAACUCCAACCACUGCCAUGAGGCUGCAGUGCUGACGGUUAAACAGCGGGCUUCCUUCAAGAUCAAAGAUGCCAAAUGCCGUUUGCACCUGAGAAACAAAGGCAAAACGGAGGAGGCCAGCAGAAUCCUGGGGCCAGGUGGUGCCCCCUGCUCUGACUGCCAGGUCACCUUCAUCCACCUCAAGUGUGACUCCUCUCGGAAGGGCAAGGGCCGGCGGGCCCGGACCCCUCCAGGCAAGGAAGUCACUCGGCUCACCCUGGAACUGGAGGCAGAAGUCAGAGCUGAAGAAACCACAGCUGGCUGUGGGCUGCCCUGCCUCCGACAGCGGAUGGAACGGCGGCUGAAAGGGUCCCUGAAGAUGCUUAGAAAGUCCAUCAACCAGGACCGCUUCCUACUGCGCCUGGCAGGCCUUGAUUAUGAGCUGGCCCACAAACCAGGCCCAGUAGCUGGGGAGCGAGCGGAACCAGUGGAGGCCUGUAGGCCCGGGCAGCACCGCUCUGGGGCCAAGUGUGUCAGCUGCCCGCAGGGAACGUAUUACCACGGCCAGACGGAGCAGUGUGUGCCAUGCCCGGCGGGCACCUUCCAGGAGAGAGAAGGGCAGCUCUCCUGCGACCUUUGCCCUGGGAGUGAUGCCCACGGGCCUCUCGGAGCCACCAACGUCACCACAUGUGCAGGUCAGUGCUCACCUGGCCAACACUCUGUAGAUGGCUUCAAGCCCUGCCAGCCAUGUCCACGUGGCACCUACCAACCUGAAGCGGGACGGACCCUGUGCUUCCCGUGCGGUGGGAGCCUCACCACCAAGCACGAGGGAGCCGCCUCCUUCCAAGACUGUGACACUAAAGUCCAGUGCUCCCCUGGGCACUACUACAACACCAGCAUCCAUCGCUGUAUCCGCUGUGCCAUGGGCUCCUAUCAGCCCGACUUCCGUCAGAACUUCUGCACCCGCUGUCCAGGAAACACAAGCACUGACUUUGAUGGCUCCACCAGUGUGGCCCAGUGCAAGAAUCGCCAGUGUGGUGGGGAGCUGGGUGAGUUCACUGGCUAUAUCGAGUCUCCCAACUACCCAGGCAACUACCCAGCCGGCGUGGAGUGCGUCUGGAACAUCAACCCCCCACCCAAGCGCAAGAUUCUUAUCGUGGUACCCGAGAUCUUCCUGCCAUCUGAGGACGAGUGUGGGGACGUCCUCGUCAUGAGAAAGAACUCCUCCCCAUCCUCCAUUACCACCUAUGAGACCUGCCAGACCUACGAGCGCCCCAUCGCCUUCACAGCCCGCUCCAGGAAGCUCUGGAUCAACUUCAAGACAAGUGAGGCCAACAGCGCCCGUGGCUUCCAGAUUCCCUAUGUUACCUAUGAUGAGGAUUAUGAGCAGCUGGUAGAAGACAUUGUGCGAGAUGGCCGGCUCUAUGCAUCUGAAAACCACCAGGAGAUUUUAAAGGACAAGAAGCUCAUUAAGGCCUUCUUCGAGGUGCUGGCCCACCCCCAGAACUACUUCAAGUACACAGAGAAGCACAAGGAGAUGCUGCCCAAAUCCUUCAUCAAGCUGCUCCGCUCCAAAGUUUCCAGCUUCCUGAGGCCCUACAAAUAGUGCCGCUAGGCCCAAGACCCAGGUUUUGAAGCCCCCAGACUCUUUAGCCCUCAGAGCCGGCAGCCCCCACCCUCGGAUGAGGGACUCUCUCCGAUCUCUCUUUUUGGAGAAAAAAAAAUCUCCAUAUAGACCAAGCACUCUCCCUUUCCGUUCCUCUAGCUUCCUUUCCUUGUCUCUUUCUGCCUCGCUCUUUUUCUUUACUCAUUUCCUAUACGCUCCCUGGAAAAGCCAUUCAGUGCUGGCUCUAUUCUCCCGAGGGGUGAAGGAAUAGUAUCCCGCUCCCCUCCCCAGCCACACUGCCCAUUUUACCAGCUCACAUCCCUGACCCUAUCAGCUUGGAAGGGUGCUAGAGGCCCAUGAAGGAAGUGGGUCUAGUGGGGAAUGGGGAGGGGGAAGAGGGGCUUCUGCCGUUAUAGGUUGUGCCUUGCUAGACAGGAGCCAAAAUGUCCCCUGGCUGUGCCCCCCAGGAAUAUUCUAACAGCCCAGGGUUCUGCCAAAGAAGCCUUUGACUUACAGGCUUAAUGCCAGCACUCGUCCUCUGGGACACGUGGUUUGAGCCCUGGAAUGCCCACACAGCCAACUUUCCUGUCUACACAGCUCCUCUCCUUCUUCGCUCACAUCUGCCUGGGGUCCAGUUCAUGAGGGCUUACAAAAGGCCCACACCCCUGGCUAGUGGAUACCAGCUGAAUGAGGAAGAGCAGCAGGAAUUACCAUGUUGAAUAGGCCGCUGCUGCUCCCCAAGAGAAAGACUUUAUCUCUGCAGGACAGAAACCAGGUUUUAAAGCAUCGGCAAAAAAAGAAAACGGAAAAAAAAAGAAAAUGUGUCCUCUAAAGGACCAGACAGAACAAUUGGAAGCCAGUCUCAAACACUAAUCCCUUCUCUUACUUGUCUUCCCUGGCCCAGCCAUUCCCUCACUCCCACCCGAGUGCUCCCUGGGGGAGCCCUACUCCCCUUGCUAAGGAUUGUCCUUAAAGAAACAUGGCUGCUGACCAAAAGCCAGCUUGGGCCUUGCCCUCAGAGUUGUCUUUCCCUUGUAGUCCCAGAUGGCUUGUGGGCCCCACCAAAGAGGACCCCGCUCUGCAGCCAGCCCAGAGCCACCUACCUCUGGCCCCAGGCCGUGGGCAGCAAGAGGAAUGUGUGCACUUGGCGAGCCUUCUGCCACCCUGUCCACAUCUAAGAAGUGCAAUCAUUUUGAGUCUUUCUAUGUUGACUAGAGGGAGGGGUUUUUGUUUUCUGGUUUUGUUUUUUGUUUUUGUUUCUUUUUCCUGUAUUAGAACAACCCUAUUUAUAGCUGCCUAAGAGAGAAGAGUGUAUGUUUGGAGUGGAAGAAAAAAGGUUUUGAAUCUCAUGAGCCUUGAGUGCUGGAGCAUCUGAUCUGUCUCUACUCCCCCAGCAGAGGCACCUGAUAUGUAGGAUAUGUAAUUCUGGGGACUUGAUGGAGCAGGAAGGAGAAGGACCUGUGUUUGCUAAACCAAUCCCACCGUCCCUAUGCCUCCAUGAAUUCAGCAUGGACCUCAAGACUGUAGAGGCCGAUGGAAUUGGCUAGUGAUUCUCCACCCCAAGUAGGGAAAACCUCCAUCGUUUCCCUGCUUUCAUCCAGUUUUCCCCUGAUGUGCACAUGGAAGAAGACCAGGACAAACCCCCUGGGGAUAGGCCGACUCAGGGCCCUGAGGCCAGAGACAAGGCUGUGGGAGCCAAGAAUAGGACAGUUAUCCAGGCAUGGAGUUGUUUGCCUGACGUUGGCCAUUCUGCCUACCCCUGUUUGCCAUUUCCUCUCGGAGCUGACUUCAAGCCUAGCUUCCUCAACUGCUGCUUUUCAAAAGGAAGAAGAAUCAAGUCCAUGCCCAAGUCCAGAUCCUGCACAUACUCCACCUUCAAUCCACUGCUGCCUAUAAAAUUAUUCUCCAUUUGCUCCUUCUAGUUCCCCCAAAGCUGUAGCCCUAUUCAAUCAAAGGCUUACAGUUGACUCCUAGGGCUCACUUCUAAUGACUCUCUCAGGCUAUUGCUCCCCAAGGAGGCUCAACACUAAAUAAAGGAGCCGGACACCCCCUCAAUCAGUAGCAUUCACCAACUGAAACAGCCUUAGGCAGUAGGUAACCAAUGUCACAACUAGAUCCCCUGACAUCCAUUAGCCAACACCAUGGCCCUUGUGGGUAGAGUGUCUGGCUGCCUUUGUCUCUCUGGGUCAAAGAAGGCUCUGCUGUAGAGAUACAAAAUGGGAAAUGGUCAUUUAAUAGAAGUAUCCACACUUCCCAGGAGAUGCCAUGAAAACUGCUUUAAUCUACUUUGACCAUCCUCAUUCUCCACCAGAAGCUAGGAUAACUUUCUGAUUCCUCUCUCUCUACCAUUUUGCAUCUCUCUCAGAAAGCCAAACAGUCAGAGUGCUUCCCGAUUCAUGCCUUCAGGGUCUGACUUCUUGCUCUCCAUUCCUUCCCUGUCACCCUCAUACACACACAUAAACACACUUCCUCUAACCAUUUAUUCCAUGGUUUCCAGGGCUUGCAAAUUAUUUCCACAGUAUGGAAAGUAGAGACCACCAAGCUUCUUAACUAAUGUUAAGACAGAUCUUGGAGAGCAGGUGAAGACCUGCUAAUGUCCACCAAGUUUAAUUUAGGUCGUCCAAGUUGGGAGUUAAGAAUCCAGGCAAAGCUGCUCCUAAACCUACAGAGGAAGCUGGCCCAGGGGCAUCAAACUAAGGGUUAGUGGAUUGAGGAGUCAACAUUCAGGGACUCUUUAGGCCUUUACAGGUCAGACAGAAAAAGAGGUUUUUACCACUGUAGGGAAGUGGGAAGAUGGUAUAAAUGGGAACCCUUCAUGAACUAGCUAAGAGGCCUCUCUGCAGGAUGAGGUAUUCGUAGGGCCGCAGUACUGUGAGGCCUCAUUUUUCUUAGUACAAAACCUGCCCUGAUCUGAGUCUGGGAAUGGGAAGCCAUUCCUGCAAGGGCUGCAAGCGCCAAGUGAUGCAUAUCAGAAAGGCACUUAUGUCUUCAGCAACGUGGCAAUCUCUUUUUACUUCUCUGCCUCUGUCUUUCUGUAUUAUUGGGCCAGGCCCAUUCCCUAAACCUUAGAGAACAAAGUCAGGAGAAAACUGACCAGAGCCUGGACUUGAACUGCCCUGCCCCAGGCCUACAAAUUCGCAGAGGCUGACAUUGAGCAGUGACUGCUCUGACUCUGCCAGGAUUGGAUUAAUUUGAGGUGGUGGAGGCUCAGAUUUAUUGCUGAAAGUUCAAUAGUACCGUCCUGGUCUUUAGCCCUAAUGAAAGUUUUCAUAUCCAAGAAGUUUUCUCCAUAUGCAUGUUUGAGGUGACUCUGAAGAUUAAGGGGCCAUAUCUCAAAAUGUCAGAAAAUAUUAUAGAGCAUUCAGACUUCUGUAUUUGCUGCUUAACCUCAAUAUAACAGGCUCAAACUAGAGGAAGGGAGACAAAGUGUAACUGACCACAAGCAGAAAAUAAUGUUAACCUGCUUGGCUUCUCUCUUAAGCACUGUAAGAGAAAAGUGGAAGCCAACAACACAAAGAUACCUUUAAAUUUGACUUGUCUCAAAGGUAGCACACUCUGUCCUUGGGCCAUUACUUGGACUAGGAACCCUCUACAAAGGGAAUAGAACCCCCAGUUCUGUUAUCAGCUUAUCUAGACAACACAGAUUGUCACAGUUUGGACAAACCAAAAACUUUAUUCUUCUGUGUGAGUUGAACUUAAGUUUCAGAGAAUAACCAUUACCAUGUGGGAGGCUUUUUUUUUUUUUAUGCAAAAGAAGUCUCAAAAUAUUGUAUUUAUAUCUACCUUCCACUGCUGCCGAUAUAGUAAGCAUCUCCUACACAACAAUAAAUGAUGCAGUUCAUAGAGUAUUUUGCACUUGGGGGAAAAAAUGUAUCUGAACUUGUAAAAAGAAAUGUUUGGAUUUUGUAUUGUCUUUUUUUAUUAUUAUUAUUAAAAUACUAAAUGAAA